AUGGGUGGACUUCCUAAUGGCAAUCACACCAAGACCCAUUUCGGAACCAAUCUUCCUCUCAUUGUUGAUGGUAAAGAUGUCACCACAGGGAACGUCAUUUCUGUCAUUAGCCCUCUGACCGAUAAAGAGGUGUGGACAGCAUCUGCUGCAUCUACAAAAGAAGCUCUUGAUGCGGUGACGGCGGCUGAAAAGGCAUUCCCAGCGUGGUCUAAAACAAAACCCUCUGAAAGACGUGACCUUUUCUUGCGCGCAGCAGAACUGUUCUUGGAGAGAAAAAAAGAACUGCAGACAAUCAUUCAUCACGAAAUUGGGGCCGACGAGCAUUACCAAGAGUUCAUCAUUGGCCUAGCUGUCGAAGGACUGAAAGACACCGCUGGUAGAAUAGCGAGCGCGGUCGAAGGCCACGUUCCAGCUUCUACUCAUGAUGGAAUGAGGGCUUUGAUCCAGAAAAAACCAUAUGGUGUCAUCUUGGGGAUCGCUCCUUGGAACGCGCCGUAUCAUCUUGGUUUGAGGUCCAUCAGCUUCGCUCUUGCAGCUGGCAACACGACAGUUCUCAAGGGCUCCGAGCUCUCUCCCCUCUGUUACUGGGCCAUUGCCGAUAUAUUUCGCCAAGCUGGGUUACCAGAUGGGUGUUUAAAUUUGAUCCUUCACCGGCCGCAAGACGCGGCGGAGGUUACGAGCGCGCUGAUUGCCGACCCUCGCAUCAGAAAAGUCAACUUCACCGGAAGCUCAGGCGUAGGCAGCAUCAUUGCAAGCCUUUGUGGUCAGCACCUCAAGCCAGUUCUUCUGGAGCUCGGUGGAAAGGCAAGCGCCAUAGUUAUGGGCGAUGCGGACCUGGAAAAUGCCGCAAAGCAUUGCGCUCUCGGAGCUUUCAUGAAUGCGGGUCAAAUAUGCAUGUCGACGGAACGAGUUGUGGUACAUGCCUCAGUUGCCUCCAAGUUUCAGCAGCUCUUUACCGAAGCCGUUGACAGACACUUUUCUUCGGCUACUAAUAAGCCAGCUCUGAUAACAUCUGCUUCUGCCAAGAGAAACAAGGAUCUUGUGCAAGAUGCACUCUCUAAGGGCGCGCAGCUGCUGCAUGGAGACAAAGGGUCGACUUCUGCAGAAGGUGAUGUAGCAACGAAAAUGUCCGCAACAAUUCUUAGUGGCAUCAACGAGGACAUGAAGCUGUACGCAACGGAAUCGUUCGGUCCUAGUACUUCAUUAUUUGUCUAUGAUUCCGAGGAAGAAGCUUUACGUUUGGUAAAUGAUACCGAGUAUGGUUUGUCGGCAGCAAUCUUCACUAAUGAUCUCGGGAAAGCUUUUCGAUUUGCUGAUGGCCUGGAGUCUGGCGCUGUACAUAUCAAUUCUAUGACUGUACACGAUGAAUUUGCUCUUCCUCAUGGGGGAGUCAAAAAGAGUGGUUAUGGGCGGUUCAAUGGUUCCCAAGGCUUGGAUGAGUUUUUGUACUACAAGUCAGUGACCUGGAUGGAAUAA